AUACGCUAUACAGCCAUGACACGUUGUUGAAUUUCUUUUUGUUUUACUGUACUAAGCAACAACAUUGGCUAAUUAGCUAGCAACAAACUAGAAUUCUCUAAAAUGUCUAAAAUACAGUUGUUGAGAGGGUUUCUCAACCAGCGAUUAACAGCGGCUGCUGAGGAGAUAUUCGAGGUAGUUGAACAAACGAUAGCACAGUACCAGGAAGAAUUUGUCCGUACAAAGGAGGAGAACGACCGUCUACAGAAACUGCUGGAUAUCGUCAUUAAACCUGAAAUAAAGUUACAUCGAACAGAUCUGCCCUGCACUCCACCACUGCCCCUGACCGCCUCUUCCAGAAGUGCAUGUACUAGGCUUAUCAAGACUGGCUCCUCACUGAACACCAGCCCUGAGAAGCUCCUCCAGACACCACAACUGUGCCAGUGGCUGACUGUGGGAAGUGACACAGUCAGUGUCCCAGUCACAGCUCUGCCACCUGCUGUUGUCAAUCCACCAUCCUUGUCAACCCAAGACGUCCCUCUGACUAAAGAUGAGAGGAUUGUCCUGGGCAUCUUGGAGAAGCAGCAACAGCAGCUAGCGGGGCCACAACAAGAACAGUGUCAGCAGCAGAAGCAGAAGCAGACAAAAACAUGUAUUUCCUGUGGUCAGGCCAAGUCCCAAUACCGCAAGAAUGGUUCGUCUGUCCACUUUUUCUAUCAGCGUGGACAGGGUGGGAUUCGAACCGUGUCUCAAAAGCAGAUACAAAAGACCUCCAGCAGCUCCCUGUCUCUGAAGAGGAGGUUCCCCCUGAGCAGCAACACUGUGAGAAGGAAUGGAGCCCCAAUCUGGGGCAGGAGGUUAAAGAGGAACAGGAAGAACUCAGGACCAAUCAGGGGAAAGAGCAGCUUCAACGGCUAGAGGAAGACUUCAUAUUCUCUUCUGCCUUUGUGAAAAGUGACAAUGAUCAGGACCCAAGUCAGUCCUCAGAUCUUCACCGAACCCAAAGUGUAGAAAACAGACAGAGAGACCCUGUUCCCUGCACCUCAACUGAACAGAUUAACACAGAAACUGAUGAAGAGAACAGUGUGUCAGACCCAACCAGUGACUCCCGGCCCCUCUCUGCUGCGAACCCACAGUGUUCUGCAGCUCAGAUUGAAAAUAAUGAUGCUUAUCAGAGGGAGAGAGGAGGACCUCAGUCACUUGGAUUAAUGGGAAUACAGACUGUAAAAGGACAAUGGUCCUGCUUCAGUACUAAUGAGGGUAGGGUAUCCAUGGAGUUGUCCCAUCUGAAAUCACCUAGUAGUGUAAUUCAAAGUCCUGCUCUGCCUCUUUGUUAUUGUAAAGUGUGUGGGAAGUCUUUUAUCUCCAUGAUUUCUUUAGUUACUCACAUGACAAUACAUAUGACGGAUGAAGACCAUCUUUGUGGUGUGUGUGGAAAACACUUUGAUUCCACAUGCAAGAACAUCUCCAAACUCAUAUUGAUACUAGAUUUUCUUGUCAUGUUUGUAGUAAACGUUUUACUGUGAAUACUGAACUAAUAAUGCAUAUGGCGAUUCACGAAGGGGACAAAUCAUUCAAAUGCUCAUAUUGUGGUAAAUGUUUCAGCAACCGCUCUAAUAUGAACAAACACAUCAGGAGCCACACAGGGGAGAAAUUGUAUCAAUGUCCUCAUUGUGGCAAAGGUUUCAGCAGUAGCUCUAAUCUAAAAGUUCACAUCAAGAGCCACACAGGGGAGAAAUCUUAUCCCUGUCGCUUCUGUGGCAAAAGAUUCAUUCAGAAAGCACACAUGGAGUUGCAUGUGAGGAUUCACACAGGUGAGAAACCACAUAGUUGUGAUGUUUGUGGUAAAUGUUUCCUCCAUGGUUCAGAUAUGAAAGUGCACAUGAGAAGGCACACAGGGGAGAAACCUCUUAAUUGCAGUUUUUGUGAGAGAAAUUUCGCAGCUCUUGCUUUUCUGACAGUUCACAUGAGGACACACACAGGGGAGAAAUCCUAUGUGUGUCCUGUAUGUAGAAAAUGCUAUAUUUCAUCAAGUGCAUUAGGUACACAUAAAAAAAGUCACACCGAAAACCAAGUGAACAUUUCUAUAGGCGCCAUGGUUGGGGCAAAUGCUUCAAUACGAAGGAGUCCUUACAAAGGCACCGUCACCCAAGAUGAAGUAAAAGUAGCCUUUCUAAAAACUACUUGAGUGUAAAAUAGUAUUUGGUCUAAGAACUACUCAAGCACUCAUUACAUUGUAACAUUGUGUAGACACUGUAAUUUAGAACAUAUUACCACGUAACCAAGGUCAUCCAAUGAAACAAGGAAUAGCGAAGAUAGAGACAAUUGUCGACGGGUGCUACUAUAUUUAUCAGGAGCAAAUCAGGGUGAAUAGCCUAACAGGCUGACUACACCGCGAGCGUUGCAAAAUACAUUUAGACAUACAUGUUAUUCAAUUAUUGCACCCACAC